UCAAUGUUUCGUGGCAAUAUAUACUUUAUUCGUAAAUUCCUUCGAAAUUGCAAGAAUCGAAGUAACGUUACGGAACUGCCCAAUGAGAAAGCAGUUUUUUCGUGGACGUCACAUCCCGUCAGAUAUUACUGCUUGCAGCCUGUCUAUAUUCGAUACAGAUUCUAUGAUAAUACUCGGAUUUCUAUAAUACACAUACUCUGAAAUUUAAUAUUCAGUUGAACUUUAAACGGCUCGAUAAAAUGCUUCUACCGAGGAUUCGAAAACAGAUAAAUCGCAACAUAUCUUGAAUUCAAUCGAAUCGACGAGGUAUCACUGUUUUCCUUUUAAACGCGUUCCCAAAUAAUAUCGAACGAAUUAACCAUAAAGUGUGGGAUUUUCAUGAGCGCAGAUAUCAAACGAACUAGGUCAACGAAGAAUCGUGUUGUGCGAGCCGAAAGAAUUUUGUUUAAUUUUUCUGCGCUGUGCCACUUUAUCGAUCGUUAGGCCACUAUUUAACGAUAACCGUUUCCGUACACGUGACAGAUCGAACGGACGUGCAAACGAUCUUUCUCUAACAGUCUGAACGGAACAGCUUUCGAAGCAGCUGUUACUGGAAAAUGCAAAUUACUCGUACCUCGAGCAGGUUACUCAUUCACGUUGGUUAAGAUAAAGUUACUCGAUGAAAUCGGUUGCUUCUGUUCUCGAAACAAACUUCCAAGGUAUCGGACGUAACAUGGCAGAGCGGCUCGGUUUGGGCCCCGAAAUUCGGGAACUUAAGCUGGGACCAACUUUCACGAACAACAGAUCGACAGCCUUUCACACUCUGAAAUAUGAUUUCAAACCAGCCAGUGUUGACGUUUCCAAAGUAGCAAGGGUCGAAGUUGGAACUAACAACACGAUGACAGUUACUGUGCCUCACUUGGACGGAGCUGGAAUUCCUCACACAGUUUUUAAAGGUUCUCAAAGACCUUACCAUAAAGAAUGCGUUCUGAUAAUAGAUAGAGUUACAGGAGAGAUUACAUUGGAAAAAUUAACCGCCAAUAUACAAGUGAAAAAAACUCGAACAGAACCCAAGUCUCAAUCGCACUUAGGAGUUCCUGGGGGGAAUACAAGUAACAGACCUAUAACCCCGGUUGAAACAAAGAGGAGUCCUACACAUGGAAGGGCAACUGGGAGGACAAAAGUCACGAGUGGAAAGAAAAGAGAACCUAGCAUUCAAUUACAUCCAAAACAAUACAGUCCCCUUAGAGUUUCUCCCUAUCAUGGCAAAAGUCCACCUUCUACCACAACCAAUAGUUCACCAGUGCAACCAUCAGUGGCACCAUCGACUUUGGCUAGUUUGCCAAUGAUUGGUUCUGACAAUGACGACUGUCCUUUAUCAUCAUCCGGAUCAUUCCCGAUUAUAAGUUCUUCUGCGCCUCCGAGAUCAUCUCCUGCAAUAAAUACUCAAGCGACGAUAAAACCUACUAUAACUAUAGACAGUGACCAAGGAGCUCUCAGUGAUUCUACUACGAGUAGCUCGAGUUCGGAUAGUUCCGACAGUGAUUCGGACACUGAAAAUAUUCCAGUGCCAACAGGAACUAACGGACAUUUGAACAGUACAGCUUCGUCUCCCACAUUACUAAUGCCAGAUAAUCUUUUAAACGACGACUUGCAGUUAUCAGAAUCGGAAUCUGAUAGCAAUUAAUGUAAUCAUUUUAUUUGUCAUGGUUCAUCGAAGGAUUCGGGAAGACGAAAUAGAAAAAUGUUAAUUCUGUUCCAUGCCAAGGAAAUGUGUAUAGCAAGUUUGAAAGCAUGGUCCACAUAUCCUAUAUGUACCACAGUAAGUUGUGCUAUAUACACAUAUACAACAAACCUUUGAUUUCCGAGCAGUGAGGAAUACAAAUGAUAAUAUAGUGUAUGUACAUUUAUUUAUAAGGUAUUAGGGAUUGUACAAUUACUAUUGACUAAUAUUUAGUGUAAUUAUAUGAUCUUUACUUUCUUAUAUACAUGGAAGGUAGAAAUCUUGCCAAAAUCUUUUACGCGCUUCCUGGUUAAGUGGCAAAAGCUUUGUUUUUAAUCUUGAAUUGAUUCUUCGUGUAUUCGAGAUACUCGGUAUCCAAAUAUCAUAUAUAGUAUGUUCAUAAAUUCGAUUGGUUAUUCAUGCAGUCUCUUAAAAAUACAAAAUGUCAUAUGUGAUGUGUGCACAAAACGAUUAAACGACUGUAUUACUUACAAAAUAUUUAUUUAAAUGAAAUGUAUAAAUUUAAUAAAAUAUUCAUUAUAAUAUGACUAUUACAAUAUACAUAUAUAAAUAGAA